CCUUUUUUCCUCUCUCUCUCUCCUCUCAGAGUCUCCAUAUUUUCAGGAGAGUCUCUCAUAGCUGCGUGUCCACCGUUCUCUCCCGUUUCUCACCUAAUUGGCUAAUUGAUGGAACGGACGAAUGAGACAUUCACGCAAUAAAGGUGGAGCAUUUAUCGAUUGAGGUGCAAUAAGGAGAAUUCUCCCCAAAACCUCUGACGGUGGAGCUACAGUGGCGAAGAAAGAAAGGAGGCGGCGGGGAGGGAAGAUUCCGUUUCAGCUGACCCAAGUCGCGACAGAUGUGCACGACGUGUGGAUACGCAAACUGCUUCCAAUAGUGCCUGACAAUGAAUAAGCCCUAGUCGAAAGGUGGAUCAUUUUAUGAAGUGAGCACAGAGAAUUGACUGCCCCUGCUUGUCAAUUAAACCACACGGAUUGUCUCAAGAUUCAUGAAUAUGUCGCUCCCAGACCGGAGGAAAAACAUAAGAGCUCUGGUGAUGGAGACUGGCAUACGAGUUCUGCUUUUUGGAGUUUUUGUAUUCACAGAAUUCCUGGAGCCCUUUGAGAGAGUAAUCCAACCAGAGGAGCUAUGGCUCUACAAAAACCCCUUGGUGGAGUCAGACCACAUCCCUAAGAGGGUCAUGUUCGCAAUUUCAUUUCUCACUCCUUUGGCUGUGAUAUUCGUGGUGAAGAUCAUUCGGCGGACAGAUAAGACAGAAAUCAAGGAAGCGUGUCUAGCUGUCUCGCUGGCUCUAGCCUUGAAUGGAGUCUUCACAAACACUAUCAAGUUGAUCGUUGGCAGACCCAGGCCAGACUACUUCCAGCGUUGUUUCCCAGAUGGACAGGUGAAUGUUAAGAUGCUGUGCACCGGAGAACCAUACCUGGUGUCAGAGGGACGCAAGAGUUUCCCAAGCAGCCACUCUUCUUUUGCAUUCUCUGGCUUGGGCUUCACCUCCUUCUACCUGGCUGGGAAGCUGCAUUGCUUCACAGACCAGGGCCGCGGGCGCAGCUGGCGUCUGUGUGCCAUGUUGCUGCCCCUCUACAGUGCUGUGAUGAUUGCCCUGUCCCGCACUUGCGACUACAAACACCACUGGCAAGAUGCCUUUGUUGGAGGGGUGAUCGGCCUGCUCUUUGCCUACAUCUGCUAUCGGCAGCACUACCCCCCGUUCCUGCACAUGGACUGCCAUCUACCUUACGCCAGUCUGGCCAAAGCCCCCCACCUCGUCUCUGCUCAUGGCGAUCCCCUGGUCCUGCCCACCGAGAACACCACCAGCAUGCCUCUGAAGGGACUGACAGUGGGGCCUGUAUGACUCCUGCCCACCCCUACACCCAGACCUGGCCCCUAGCCUCACACCCACCCACCCAAGGAGCACCUAACCCCCUCUCACUCACACAGACUGAGAUGUGGACAAUAAUGUAUCCCCUCUCCCACUCACAACCGUUCUCCCAGCCUCUCGCCUUCCUCCAUCCUCGCUCUUUGCUUGUUUUACCUGAUUGAAUCAGGAGCAUUUCAUUGGUCUACAUUUAGAGAGGCUUUGUAAGUGUAGGAAUAUAGGACAACACUGCUGGAACAAAAAGGCAAUACAAAUGUGAAAAAAGGAAAUUAAGAGGCAGUUGCGUGAAACCAACAUAAAAUGGACAUACAGUGUCUUCGGAAAGUAUUCAGACCACUUGAAGUUUUACAUAUUUUGUUACAUUACAGCCUUAAUCUAACAUGGAUUAAAAAAAGUAAUUCCUCAGCAACCUACAUACAAUAACCCAUAAUAACAAAGCAAAAAAAUCAACAAAAUACCUUAUUUACAUAAGUAUUCAGACCCUUUGCUGUGAGACUCGUAAUAGAACUCAGGUGCAUCCUGUUUCCAUUGAUCAUCCUUGAGAUAUUUCUACAACUUGAUUGGAGUCCACCUGUGAUAAAUUCAAUUGAUUGGACAUGAUUUGGAAUGUCACACACCUGUCCAUAGGUCGAAGGAAUUGUCCGUAGAACUCCAAAACAGGAUUGUUUCGAGACACAGAGCUGGGCAAGUGUACCAAAACAUUUCUGCAGAAUGGAAGGUCCCCAAGAACACAGUGUCCUCCAUCAUUCUUAAAUGGAAGAAGUUUGGAACCACCAAGACUCUUCCGAGAGCUCGCCACCCGGCCAAUCUGAGCAAUCGGGGGAGAAGGGCCUUGGUCAGGGAGGUGACCAAGAACCUGAUGGUCACUCUGACAGAGCUCCAGAGUUCCUCUGUGGAGAUGGGAGAACCUUCCAGAAGGACAACCAUCUCUGCAGCACUACACCAAUUAUGUACAGUGGUCAGACGGAAGCCACUCCUCAGUAAAAGGCACAUGACAGCCCACUUGGAGUUUGCCUAAAGGCAUCUGAAGACUCUCAGACCAUUAAACUCUUUGGCCUGAAUGCCAAGUGUCACGUCUGGCCGAAACCUGGCACCAUCCCUACGGUGAAGCAUGGUGGUGGCAGCAUCAUGCUGUGGGGAUGUUUGUCAGCGGCAGGGACUGUGAGUCUAGUCAGGAUCGAGGCAAAAAUGAAUGCAGCAAAGUACAGAGAGAUCCUUGAUGAAAACCUGCUCCAGAACUCUCAGGACCUCAGACUGGGGCAACUGUUAACCUUCCAACAGGACAAUGACCUUAAGCACACAGCCAAGACAAUGCAAGAGUGGGUUCGGGACAAGCCUCUGAAUGUCCUUGAGUGGCCCAGCCAGUGCCCAGACUUGAACCUGAUCUAACAUCUCUGGAGAGACCUGAAAAUAGCUCUGUAGCAAUGCUCCCCAUUUAACCAGACAGCACUUGAGACGAUCUGCAGGGAAUAAUAGGAGAAACUCCCCAAAUACAGGUGUGCCAAGCUUGUAGCAUCAUACCCAAGAAGACUGAAGGCUGUAACCGCUGCCAAAGGUGCUUCAACAAAGUACUGGGUAAAGGGUCUGAAUGUUGAAUGCAGUUAUUUCUAUUUAAUACAUUUGAAAGAAAAAAUACAGCCUGUUUUUGCUUUGUCAUUAUGGGGUAUUAUGUGUAGAUUGAUGAGGAGGAGGAUACCUUUUAGAAUAAGGCUAUAACGUAAGAAAAUGUGGAAAAGGUAUACGAUUUUGAAUACUUUACGAAUGCACUGUGAAUGUUACCAGUGGGUUGAUAAAAGGUUAUGGUACAACGAGGAUACUCAUUAUAAGUUAUUGGUCUACAAUUUCUUCACUGUUCUCAUCAGUAGAAUGAAGUUAGCUGGUAUGGCAACUGGUAUUAGUUUGAUGUGGAGUUGGAUGGAAAGCAGAGCAGCUGGUGAUAAUCCCAUUAAAUGUCACAGCAAUAGAGAGCAAUAGAAAUAGCUUAUUUUUGUAAUCACUAAUGGAGGCCAAGGCUCAUUGGCCAAAACCGAUUGGGUAAGGAAUGGAGUUUUGGAGGGAUUUUGGAUUAAUGCAAAAAAAUAAGGUCUGUGGUAAACACAGGUUUUGGAGAUUUUAUACGAUUGUUGUAUGAGAUAAUCUCAUCAGCUAACAUAAUGUUUUGUGAAUUCUGAAGCAUUUAUUUAAUCAAAAUAAGUAAAGCUCUAACGAUGUGUUUAUAUGUAAAACAUUUUUAACUACACCUCAGGUUGCAUGCCUUUGACAUCCAGCUAACAGGAUUAGCUUAAUUUAUCAGACGGACCCAAAGUCUCCUUUGUGCCACAUUGUUUUCUCGCUAAAUUGAUAUGGUUGCAGCCUGGCGCAAAACAAUACAUCAUCCUUGCUUUUCGUUCGAGCUGAUAAGCAAAACGCUACCUAACUUUUGGUGGAAUGUAGAGUAUACUAGUUUGUGUGGUCGGUGCAGUGACAUGAAACACUUUGCGACUAAUGUUGUAGUUCCAUUUCUCCAACAGUUAGCGACUCGUUAGCAACUGACUUAUUUUGAGCACAUAAAGGCUUCAGAAUUCAUAAAGGUCAUGUUAACUGACUGGCAUUAUCUCAUAAAACAAAACAUAUAAGAUCUCCUAAGCCUGUGUUAACCUCAGAUGUUAUUUUUGGUGUAUAUCCCAAAACCCUAUUAAUUUCCCUCAUAGGAAUGCCAAAUUAACCAGAGGUGAAAAAAAAUGCUAACUAAUUUCUAGUUUUUAGGACGACAAGUUGAAGAGCUAUAUGGAGAGCUCGUUACGGUAGAUGUCACAGCUCCCCAAUUUGAUUAAUGAGCUACAGUAUCUAAUCAGUGGUCGAAAAAGUAACCAAUCGUCAUACUUGAAUAAAAGUAAAGACACCUUUUAAUAGAAAAUGACUCAAGUAAAAGUGAAUGUCACCCAGCAAAAUUCCACUUUAGUAAAAGUCUAAAUGUAUUUGAUUUUAAAUAUACUUAAGUAUCAAAAGUACAGUAUAAAUCAUUUUAAAUUCCUUAUAUUAAGCAAACCAGUUUUUAUUUUAUUUACAGAUAGCCAGGGGCACACUCCCACACACAGACAAUUUACAGACAAAACAUGUGCUUUGAGUCAGCCAGAUCAGAGGCAAUAGGGUUGACCAGGGACGUUCUCUUGAUAAGUGCGUGAAUUGGACCAUUUUCCUGUCCCUCUAAGGAUUCAAAAUGUAAAGAGUACUUUUGUGUGUCAGGGAAAAUGUAUGGAGUAAAAAGUACAUUAAUUUCUUUAGGAAUUAGGAAUUAAAAGUAAUAAAGUAAAGUACAGAUACCACAAAAACUACUUAAGUAGUACUUUAAAGUAUUUUACUUUUACUUACACCCCUGAUCUAACCGCUUUGGCAGUGAGGGAAUUCAGACUACAAAAUCUGAUAGCUGAAACAUUUCUAACUUUGAGAGCACACAUGACCAAAUGAAUGGUCACUAAUGUUCUCCAAAUUGUAUUUUAUUAUUAUUCUAUUAGCUUCUGCCUUGGUCUUAGACCCACAGAGGUUGCUAUUGCAUUAUUACCAUCUCUCUUUUGCUGCUUCUCCAUGUCAACGUAAGGAUAAAUAUAGCAACAAUACAUACAUGGAGAGAAGCACUGUUCGAUGACAGAACAAUCUUCUACCUAGUCCUGUGUUUAUUUCUCUUUUCCCAAUUCCUCCCAUUCUUUAUAUCCAUUUCUCUCCAUCCAGUUUCUCUUUUUCCUCAAAUGUUUCUCAUUGCAUCUUUCUCAUCCCUUCCAUGACAAUUCUCUCUAUCGCUUCUAUUUAUUUUCCUCUCUCUCUUUCUCUCUCUCUCCCUUUUUCUCUUCUCCCUUCUCUUUCUCUUUCAAUCUCUCUUACUCUUUCCUUAUCUACCACCCCCUCUCUCCCUCCUCCAUCUCCUCCCGCUCCCUUUCUCACACUCUCUCUCGCUAAGCAAUCUCUCCCUCUCUCCCUCUUGCUGACUGGGUAUUUAACGUUUCCUGCCUGCACUGAGGUAGAUUUGAAUACAGAUUAAAGUUCAACGAGGGCAAUUGAUAGCGGGCAGGUGGAAUUGUUAUGGUGGAAGAGCGUUGAGCCAGGCACAAACUCCAAUCUGAUACUGCAUUAAUCCUCAUUAUGUUCGGUUAGGCAGCACUGCUUGUGAUGACAUUAGGGUCAAAUUAAACCUAAGCAGCCCCAAAGACAGCCCAAGCAUUGCAAAUAGGUUUUGGUCGACAUUGGCCUCACAAAAUAAAUAGACAAUCUGCACAUGACUCUUUACUGGGUUUUGAGCCAUGCCAAGCCCAAUUUGAGUGCCAAUCUGGCUAGACUGCAAACUCUCAUUCCAGGCUCAUACUAAGCAUUAAAAAUAGAAACAGCAGGGGAUCAAACUGUAGGACCCAGUUCCUACAUUUGAAUAUAAAAAAUAGAUUUUAUCAAACAAAACUAUGCUACAUUUUAUCUCUGGGGCCCUCAGGAUGACAAAUCAGAGCAGAAUGCUGAAUGUAAGCACAUUAUUUACCUUCAGAGGUGAAUGUAUCAAACCAGUUGCCGUGAUAAAGGUGUUUUGUUGUUGUGCACUCUCCUCAAACAAUAGCAUGGUCUUUUUUCACAGUAAUAGCGACUGUAAAUUGUACACUGCAGUUAGAUUAACAAGACUUGAAGCUUUCUGCCCAUAUAAGACAUGUCUAUGUCCAGGAAAGUUGGCUGUUGUAUACAACGUUAUUCUAGUCACAUUAGCACACAUUAUCAACAACCGUCCCCGUUUUGGGACACCAAUCCCGUAUUAACUGAAGUGGACUAAAUCAGGGUCACACAGAGUGUUUCUUGGUAGUCUUAACCAAAUCUACUUUGAAACAAAAGUUUACACCUCACACACAUGGUUAUGGGCUUACAAAAAAGAAGACACCUGUACCAUGUCAGGUGUAGAGUUGAAAUGUAUUCCAUUUUUGAGCGUGUAUCCCAAUAUUACACUUUUUAUACAUCAAAGACUGAAAUAUAACAGAACUGUUUGAGAUAGAAAAACAGGAUUUUCUGCACUUUAAAAAAAUAUUAAUAACUUUCCACCCAUGAGGCCACUUGGUCAUUUGACUGGUUGAAAGGGCUACCUGCUUGCUGACCCAUCUAGCACUACUAACAAAAAGCAGAAUGAGGGACACAAAUGCUGCACCUUAGUCCACCCAAAAAGGAAAACAAAGGACUAUGUCUCUUACUGCAGUCCCAUACCAGUCUAACUCUGUUCUGUAAUAAUUAGUCAGUGGUUUGUUCUUUGUUAAUCUGAAACUUCAUAAAAUAGAGCUGAGUUAUUUUACGUCUUGGCUUUGAGAGCAAGAUAAGAAUCACAGUCAUGAUCAACAAUCUGACACACUCGGUAUAAGUGUGUGUGUGUGUGUGUGUGUAGUGUGUGUGUGUGUAGUGUGUGUGUGUGUGUGUGUGUGUGUGUGUGUGUGUGUGUGUGUGUGUGUGUGUGUGUGUGUGUGUGUGUGUGUGUGUGUGUGUGUGUGUGUGUGUGUGUGUGUGUGUGUGUGUGUGCAUCAUAAUUCUGUGAUGUUGCCGGGAGCGUUGCCAUGACAUAUCAGAAAACUAUUGGGAGUGUUUAAGUGAUGUAUGGAUGGACCUAUGGAUUGCCUAUUGGAGCCACAAAGUACUGCAACCUGAUCAUUUUCCGUUUUAUUGGUUAUUUUCCUCAUGUAAAAAGAAAAUUUGCGGCAAAAAAGUAUUUAUGUGUCUUGAAAAUAUAUAUAUAUCAAGUGAGAAAAAAGUUGAUAAUUAAAAGUAAAUAUUUAAAAAACUAAAUUGCUGUUCUUGAAAGUACAAUCAUGUUUUGCUUCAUUUUAUCAACAACAUUUUACUUCAACAACAUCAAUUCCUUCUAAUGUGCAUUUUGUAAAAUGAAAGGCAACCAGACCGAUGUUGAAUAGCCAUCCUUAAAGUAAAGUAUCAUUAUUGACAAAGGCAUGACAACACCAUUUGUGAAAAGACACUAUUGCAUAUGGAUAAGCAUGUUGGGCCUUGAGAGCAAAAUGUGUUUUUCUGUUUAUAUACUUUAGGUGCAACAAUGAGCUGGAUCCUGAUGUGCGCUUUGUUCGUUGACAAUCGAGACUCUACAGAUCAUUCAUUUGUGACUAAGGAAACCUUUUCUUUAACAACAUCAACUAGUAGCCAUUUUGGGAACACUACAUAAACUUUGAGGAUGUUAAUAGCAACUACAUUUGGAGUGAUUUUAUGAUAUAUAUUAUUACAACAUUCUAUUAUACUAUAGUAUGUUAUAUAAUAUGCAACUGAACAAUUGUGGUCCUUCUGUGGUCCUUCUGUGGCUCAGUUGGUAGAGCAUGGCGCUUGUAACGCCAGGGUAGUGGGUUCGAUUCCCGGGACCACCCAUACGUAGAAUGUAUGCACACAUGACUGUAAGUCGCUUUGGAUAAAAGCGUCAGCUAAAUGGCAUAUAUUAUUAUUAUUAUUAUAUUAUAAUUGUAUACUGCAUGUCCGCAUUUGAAAUAGAAUAUGUCCUCAGUUCUAACCUGGUUGGAAAUGUUAAUUUUUUUUCUCCAACAGGACUCAGUGUCAGAUGAAAAUGUAGAACUGAAGGAGACGUGUGUGUGUUACUCUCUGUUCUCAGUGAAGGUGUGUGUUGUGUUGUUCUACAUCAGUACAGCUGCACUCCUGUUUGUGGUGUUUCAAUAAACAUCAGCAUA